ACCAGCUGCAGGCUUUGUGUCAAAUGAGAGUUUUAGGCGAGAUCGCCGAAGAGGGAGAAUCAAACAGCCGGCGUCCUGUUGUCAAAAGAUUUGCAUACGGACUUCCGCCCCCUGAAUUUAGUUUCUGCAUCAACUAGCAAAGGCAGAGUGGGCAGACCUGAGCCCUUCAUUUCAGGCGCAGUCAUGCGGACUUGACAUUUAAACUCGGUUUAAUAUUGGACAUGAACGGCACACGCGUGUAUUUCGGAUGGUCCCGAUGGAUUUGGAUUAAACGGAACACUGGGAUCUGACACAAGCAUUCUGAGAAGCGUUUACUAUGCUGGAUAUCUGCCGGCUCUUGUGGAUGUACCGUGACUGUUUGCGGUUACUUCCCGUGUAGAAUUGGGAUCUGAUCUCGCAUUGGACUCAGUUGGGUAUUUUGUAGCAGGGAAAUGCAUCGGGCGAUGAUUUAAAACAGGGGAUUCCACGUCAGUUUCGCACUCAUCUGUUUGGAAAGUGGGAUACAGCCAGAUCCUCCAACCCAGUCCGGUGUAUCUGAUGUCGGAAUGCUCUGAUGUCUAUUUCAAUGUGUCAUAUUAGAAGAGUUGACCAUCUCUUUUGGAUGGAGUUUAACCUCGCGAUCUUCUUUUGACGUCUUGGACAGUGUGGAUGCAUUUUUUGAUCGUUUUUAGGUUGGAUUACUUGUUUUUUGCCUACAUUUUUACAGGUUGGAUCUCGUUUAUUUCGGGUAUUUAAACUCGCUGCUUUCUGUGUAACUACUGUUGAAAUCACACGUUUCAUUCUUGUGAUUCGUUUUGACGAUCCGCUGGGUGAAAAUACUGUGUGAUCUCUUGUUUAAUUCAUUUAUUGUUCGUUGAAAGCUUUUUUUGCACACCAUGACUUUCUUGUCCGGGGCAGCGGUUCUGUUGCUGCGUGGACUCGUCAUCUCUGCGGUAUUGGGCUUAGAGAGUUCAUACACGAGUCAGCUGUCGAACCGAGUCACUCCUGAUCCAGCAGCUGUUGCUCCUACAGACCCGUGUUUGACAGUCAUGCCUCCAUGUAUGAACGAAGCCGACCGCUUCAGUUUAGAGGCGCUUCGGCACAUUCACAAGCAGCUAGACGACGACAACGAUGGAGGAAUUGAAGUGAAUGAGAGUGUGGAGUUUAUAAUAGAGGACAUGAAGCAGCACCAGACCAAUAAACACAGUAAUCUUCACCGAGAGGACCAGCACAUCACAGUGGAGGAGCUGUGGAAGAGCUGGAAAAUAUCAGAAGUGCACAACUGGACACUGGAGGAUGCCGUUCAGUGGCUGAAGGAGUCGGUGGAGCUUCCUCAGUAUGAAAUAAACUUCAGAGAUUUUAAAGUAGAUGGCAACACGUUACCUCGAUUAGCGGCCAAUGAACCGGCGUUUAUGUCUAUGCAGCUAAAGAUAUUAGACCAACGACAUAAACAGAAAUUAAAUCUAAAAGCAUUGGAUGCAGUGCUUUUUGGACCUCCACUACGUCCACACCAUCACUGGCUGAAGGACUUUAUUUUGAUGAUUUCAAUCAUCAUUGGUGUUGGGGGCUGUUGGUUCGCAUAUAUACAGAACAAAUCGUCUAAAGUUCACAUCUCCCAGAUGAUGAAAGAUUUGGAGAGUCUACAGCAUGCUGAACUGAGCCUGACAGAGCUACAGAGCCGGUUGGAAAAGGCUCAGGAGGAGAACCGGACAGUGGCGGUGGAGAAGCAGAACCUGGAGCAGAAGAUGCGUGAUGAGAUCAACGGAGCAAAGAGAGAAGCUAGCAGACUGCGAGAGCUGCGAGAGGGGGCUGAAUGCGAACUCAGCAGACUCAAGUACGCAGAGGAGGAACUAGUGCAGGUGCGAAUGGCGCUGAAGAGAGCAGAGAAGGAGAUGCAGUCAGAUUGGUCGGUGCCUGAAGCCCUGCAGAUGUGGCUACAGCUGACACAUGAGGUGGAAGUGCAGUACUACAACAUUAAAAAACAGAAUGCUGAGCAGCAGCUCAUGGUCGCAAAGGACGAGGCUGAAAAGAUCAAGAAGAAGAGGAACUCUGUGUUUGGUACCCUCCAUGUUGCACACAGCUCAUCGCUAGAUGAAGUAGACCACAAAAUACUUGAGGCUAAAAAAUCUCUAUCAGAGGUCACAGCGUGUUUGCGGGAACGUCUCCACCGCUGGCACCAAAUAGAGAAAUUAUGUUGCUUGCCAUUAGUUAAUAACUCUGGGCUGCCCAGCCUCACCGCCUCCCUGUACGCUGACCACAGCUGGGUGGUCAUGCCGCGGAUGUCAGUACCACCCUACCCAAUCGCUGGCGGGGUGGACGAUCUUGACGAGGACACACCACCAAUCAUUCCACAGUUCACCUCUGCUUUGAUUCGACCUCCUCUGACCCGCAACAGCAGUGUUUGUCGUUCUCGCAGAAGUCUUUUGUCUCAGCCUUCGUCACUCUCUGCUGACCCUGACCUGUUGUCCAUGGCUUCGGCCCCUCUGGCCUACAGACCCGAUGGAGACGAUGAUCACAUCUUCUUCACUGUAGAAAGGAAGGGGGACCCUCAGGACACAUGCUCAGAUUCAGACUCUCUCAGUUCCUCUUUGGGCAGGAAGCAGUUCUCUGGUCAAAGUACAUAUGUUACGGGCACGGAUACCCCACCACGUAAAAUCUCUCGUGAGGAACUUCUUCUCCUGGCGCAAGAGGCCCAGGCUGCGGCCAUGGAGACCUUACCUCCUUCCACAUCCUCCCCUUCAUCUCCUCUUGACUCCUCCUCAGGUCACAAGGGCUCUCCUGACCUUACCCACUAUUCCGUCCUCCCAGAAUCUCAAAGUUUAACCUUUCAACCUAGAACCAAAGCUGUGGCCUAUAAUGGCAUUCUGGAAAAGUCAUACAGCAUGGGGCAGCUGCCCGCUGGUGGGACGCCUCCAGAGGGACAUUACCCCUCGAUUAGCUCACUCGACAUAGAAAGCAAAGCUAUCAAGGAGCCCAAGCAACUCCAAACCACCUCCUCCCAGGACUCUUGCGAUAACGGAGAGAAAAAACGCUCCAAGAUCAAGAGCUUGUUCAAGAAAAGCAAAAAGCUGUGAAGAACAGUAGAGAAGAGGAUGAAAUGGAGAGAAAAACAAGCCUUAAAACAAAAUAAAUGAGGGUGAUGCUGUCAACCAGAAGCCAAAA